AUGAAGUCCACACGAUUUUUGAACGAGUCUCAGACGAUUCUAGUGCAACAAUCAUGGCCUAUGAUAGUUUCAAAUAAUUUUUGGACUACAUUUUAUAUUAAUCUUUUCAAGAGAAGUCCAUCAUAUCAAUUACAGUUCGAUCGCUUCGCUCAUGUCCCAUUCGAAGAACUUGAAUCGAACGUUCACUUUUUGGCACACUCUUUUAGGACCGGAUUUGCAUUUAAUUCUGCUAUUGAACACUUGAAAACACCCGAUGAGUUACACAAAAUCCUAGUGGAUUUGGGAGAAAAACAUCGCAAGUUCCAUCUUACGGCCGAACAUUUUGAGAUCAUCAAAGACAUACUCAUGUGUAUGAUUGAGGACCGCAUAGUGCCGACAGACGUACCUGCCAGAGACACGCUUCUGGUGGAUGCGUGGAAGCCGUGCAUAACCUUGGUGAUCGGAAUGAUCAUGGAUUCGGCGACCGCCACGGUUAAUUAAAUGGCAAUUUAUACGCCGACGAC